UCGCCUCGUUGUGAAGGGUGGGGAGGGCGGCGCCGGGAGGGCUGUGCCGAGCUCUGAAGCGUGUGUCGGGGAGUCGAGUCAUCGCCGUGCUCCAUCUUCAUUUCGUGCCUUGUGGGAGAGAGCGGGAAGAGUGGCUGAGGCCAGCGGAAUGAAACUGAAAGCACCUGUGAAAAUGCUUUGAUUCGAGCGUUUCUCUGCUCCCUUUCACCUGUCACGUAUUUUUUGCUUCAGCUGUUGCUGUUGUCUUCCUGUAAUGGCUUCUUUAUUGCCAGAUCUUGCUGCUGGAACGUUGGCAGUAGCAGACCUUCUGUUGUGUAGGUUGGAGAUCCAGCCCCGCUUGUGCUGUACUGGUUUGGAUAGCUGAUGCUGCACCCAGUGGGAAGCACAGCAUGCUUUAGAGAAAGGCUGGCGAUGGGACUGUAGCUCUGCACUCACUGGCGCUGCCCUGUGCUGCCUGAGAUGCUCUGUGAGUGCAGAGAGGAUUGGGAGCUCACAGCUGGGACAUCAGUGCUUGUGUGCAAGCAGAGUGCCAGAGCAGAAGGCUGAUAUGUGCCUCUAACAGUACCUGCGCUGAUGCCUUAGAUUUCUUGCAUAGAUUUAUCCUAUGCUUUUUGUGCUCUACUUUCUUGUCUAAAAUAAAAAUCAUGCAUCACUGUAGACAAGUGUUGCUGUGUGUCGUUGCCAGACGAUGAUCCUGAGUCAUUGCUGUAGAAGGAAAACAUUUUUUAAAUGCCAAGUCUUCUGGCUGUCUUGUAGAAUCAGAAUGGUGCACUCAUUGAAGCACUGAUGGAGUAGGGUUAGUUCUUACAGCUGUUGUAUGGAGAAAAAAACGUCUGCGCGUUUUAUAUUCCUGUGUAAUUGCUUGUUUAUGUCUGUGUUGCGUCCUCUUGGAUGCAGUCCUUGACACUGCUAAGUGUUUUUCUUCUAGUAGCUGCGAGGUGCCUUUGGAAGCUGCAUCUGUUGUUGAGAGCUUCUUUCUUUCGUAUUUGGAAAGUGGUGGUUGCUGGAGAAGUAGGCAGUUGGUGACAGAGGAAGGUGGUGCUUUCCCAGGAGCUUCCUUUUUUUGGAAGGCUUUUCCUGACUCUCUACUCCAGAGAGCUCAUAUGCUGUCAAACAGCCUUUCCUAAAAUCAAAGUCAGAAUGGUAGCCUCCUGUGUAAUACUGAGUUUUCAGAGGUAAGACAUGCAGAUUAUUUCUGACUGUAAACCCAGUGAAGGUAACAUGCUUUUCCAGUGUUCAGUUUUUCAGUGCAUCGUGGACUAUGCUGCAAGUGCUUGUGAUGUAAUAUAGACAUUAUUUAGCAUCUACUAUGCCUGUGCUUUAAUUGCUGUUACUGUUAUUUACUAUUUUUUUUUUUUUUUUUUUUUUAAGAAAUCUUUCUUGUAUCACCAGCAUGCAUCACCAUGACUCUUGCAUGGAAUGAAAUUGCAGGAGAAUGAUUUGAUAUUUGCCCCAAGUCCUUUUUCAGCUUCUUAAUUCACGUGGGUAGCGUGGAGCGAGGGCGUUUCAGUUCUGAUCGGUUGGAACAGGUCACAGUUCAGGAGGAUGUUGAGUUCAGAAUGCUUCACUGUGUGUAUGAUAGAUAAAUACCUCAUUUGGCAUAAUCAAUUGGCCAAACAUGUUUGUAAUACUCUUAGAAGAUGUUUUUCGCUGCUCGUUCAGUAUCUUUUUCUGUGACAUCUUUAUGCAGUAGGUGAGGCAGGGGAAGAGUUCCAGAUUUUUCAGAACUCACUUGCAAUACAGAUCAAGUGAACGGUAGCUGUGUUGAAAGCAUCUCUUUCUGUGUGAGAUGGGAAGUGAGUCACUUAGUCCAGGUCCCCUGCCAUUAUGGGAAUGACAUCAUGUAGUUCCUCAUAAGAUUUCCUUUAUUCUCAAUUUUUUUCUCAGUCAAGAGAACUGAAGAUGUUUUCUCACUCAACCACAUUAUAAAUCCUUAUAUGUUAUAAAAUGCUUAUUCAUUCCCUUCUUAAUCUUUCUUUUUCUUUUUCUCUUUUUUUUCUGAGAGGAAACAACUGACAAUGUCUCAGAAUCCCCACAAGCCACAUUCAAGCGAAGAAAAGUUGAGUGCCUUGGAGGAUGAUCAAGAGAGCUUGGACAACUCGGAGCAGUCAAUCAGUAACAGAAUACAACAAAGUGUUCCAGGUUCACAUGGAGAUGAUACACCAAAGUCUAGCCCUCCUCGGCCCGUGUCAGUGGAAGAGUUAAUGGAAACAGCUAAGGGAGUAACCAACAUGGCCCUAGUACACGAGAUUGUUGUUAAUAGAGACUUCCAGAUCAAGCCAGCUGAGUUACCAGAACACAGCUUGGAAAAAAAAGUAAGAGAGAUUGUGCACAAAGUUUUCUGGGAUUGUCUGGAAGCUCAGCUGAAGGAAGAGCCACCGACAUACGACCACGCAAUUAAACUGUUGGGAGAAAUUAAGGAGAAUCUUCUGUCUUUUUUAUUUCCUGGUCAUACAAGAUUAAGAAACCAGAUUAUGGAAGUUCUUGAUCUGGAUUUGAUAAAACAGGAGGCCGAAAAUGGGGCUCUGGACAUUGCUAAGUUGAUAGAAUUUGUUAUUGGAAUGAUGGGGACUCUCUGUGCUCCAGCUCGAGAUGAAGAAAUUAAGAAACUGAAAGAUAUACGUGAAAUAGUUCCUCUCUUCAGAGCAAUUUUCUCUGUGUUAGACCUAAUGAAAAUGGAUAUGGCAAACUUCGCUAUCACUAGUAUUAGACCAAAAUUAAUGCAGCAGUCUGCUGAAUAUGAAAGAAAGAAGUUUCAGGAGUUUCUUGAGAAACAGCCAAAUUCUUUAGACCUUGUCACAGACUGGUUGCAGGAAGCAGCAGAUGAUCUUGCAAAGCUGAGACAUAAAAAGUUACCUCCCCCCAGCAGUGCUGUUGGUGCUGCUGGUGGAGCUGCUGCGUUGUGCUCCACUGCCAUACAGAAUCAGGCAUAUCUGAAGCUGCUGAAGUGGGAUCACACAAACAGGCCUUUCCCAGAAACAGUGCUCAUGGACCAGAGGCGCUUUCAGGAAAUACAGCUGGAACUGGAGCAGCUCCUCAUGGCUGGGACUGUCCUUCUGGUCACGUUCAAUGCAGCGGGCGCAGCUCUCAUCGAUGUGCCUGGAUUUGCUGAGAAAAUCAAAACCAUUGUCAGGGUGCUGCUGACAGGAAUGCAUCUCCCAUUCUCGAAUUCAGAAGUUUCUGGAGAAUUGUCUUGCAUCUGGUCACCAGAAAGCGGUACCGACUGUUCCUGGAGGAUUAAGCCCUAUUCAGAGGGAGCUGGAAGAGAUUGCUGUCAAGUAUGUUCGUCUUGUCAACUACAACAAGAUGGUCUUCAGUCCUUACUACGAUGCUGUUCUUGGCAAGAUACUGACUAAGGAAGAACCCCAGCUUGUAGGGGUGCCGGAGGAAUCGUGAACACAGUUUGUGUACCAAUGCAGUAUUAAUUUUAUCAGCUGUUUUGAAAAAUUGCACCCGUAUUUGUCUAGGAAAACAGCUCUCCAUGUCAAUACUAUUUCCUUUUAAGUCACUCACGCUGCCCCAUGAGGAAAAUGCGUGACUUGCAAUAGGGGUUCUGAGAUAAGUGAUGAAGGAGGGAUACAUUUUUAAUGUAAGUAUGCAACUUCUGUGAGGGAGUGUUGUGGUAGUUUUCUGGCUAUAAGAUUUCCAGGCAGGUGCUAUGUAGGAAAAGUUAAACAGCCAAACUCUGUUCUUAAGUGGUUCAUUUUAGUGUUUUUUAUUCUCGUUUGUCGUGAAUUUGGUUUCGCUCAUCCACAGCAGGUUAGCAGUGGUCCUUCCCUGCAGGGAAAUGUGGCUUUUCAAAAAGAUCUUACUUUAAAGACUUCAGUAAGCUAAAACUCUAGGUAGGAGAAACCUUAACAGGCGAAAAACAAAGCCAAACAGCACUUACUGUAUCAUUAUGGUUGGUGUGGUAGGCUACUAAGUUUUUCUUUCAGCAUUUUUCUGCAUUUUUAAUAGCUUUUUUUUGCUGUUUACCUGCAGAUGUUACAGAAACAGAGUGUAUUUUUGUAGCAAAUUUUCUGGUUAUUGGGUAACUGUCCUCUGCUUUGUACAGUAUUUAACAAGGUGGCAAUCUUACAGAUUGCAGCUGUAUUUAUCUCCUGUAAAGACUUCAGAAAGGCAGAGCUGAAAUGUUUUGAUAAAAGUGGCGUUUCUUACCUUUUUUUUGCUAGUAGUUUACUCCUUUUUAUGUGAAAUACUAAUUUUGAAGUUAAUCUGUGCCAUUUACAGAAGGUGGACUUUAAGUGUGUUAAACUUUAGGACAAAAGUCCUACUUGUUUUUUAAAACUACUACUUGAGAUGGCUGCGUUUUCAGUCAUGUCUUCAAAGAUAUCCAGGAGGUGCAGAGCACUAAUUAAAGUGCGAGUGAAUUUAAAUUGUAGUGGGAAGUGCAUUAUUUAAUAUUAGUUUGAAUACGCAAUGAAUGUUUUCAAUAGAAGAUUUUAUUCUUUUUUACAUUACAGAGGUGAUUUUAAAACCUUAAAUAUUUAAGGUCUUGAAUUUCAUUAGUUACGUGUUGUAUAGAUGAGGGUUCACAGAAGAGCUCAGUGAUCUUACAGCCUUAUUGCAGUUUUAAACUCAGCUAGGAGGUAAGUGCAGUUCAAGUUUUCCUCUAGCUCUUGAGCUCCAUUAUUGUUUUCAUAAAUUCAUCAAAUUUUGAUUACUAAGUUCAUAAUUAUAAACAGUAAGCGUCCAAAACACUAGACUGUACCCAAAAUGUUGUUUUCUCUAAAAACAAAACAAAACAAAACAA